AUGGCCGUCGAUAAGAAGCGCAAGAACACGAAAGCCCCCGCCAGCGGGCCAAAGCGUCGCAAGACGCAGCAACAAUCCAAGCAGACUAAGCGACCCGUUUCGGUCGAUGCGCUGGCAUGGAAGACAGUCGACAUUCCCGAAAUGUUCGAUGAUGCCGAGGGUUUCUUUGGUCUGGAGGAAAUUACCGGUGUCGAUGUCGUAAAAGAGGGAGACGUUGUCAAGUUUAUGGCUGCUGUUCCCAAGUCAAAGGCGGAGGUAGAAGAUGAUGGCGAAGAGUUCGACGGUUUCGAUGAUGAAGAGACACCUAAACCUGCUAAGAAUGCGGACCAGGAAGUCGAGGCAUCAAAUUCCAAGGCUGAGGCAGUGAAAACUCCAGCCAAGGAAAAGAAGGCCCCCAAGGACCAGACGAAGCCAAAGGAACAGCCGAAGGAGCAGCAAAAGCAGCAAAAGCCAAAGAAAGAACAGCCAAAUAAGGCAGCGAACAAGAAGGCCUCCGAAGACAAGAAGAAGGCCCGCAAGAACGAGAAACCGACUGUCGAAGCGAAGGACCCCGAACUAGAAACCGACCUCUUCACCAAACUGGAGGAGCUUCCCGAGCCCGAGGAGGAGGAAGUCGAUAUGUCCGAAUGGGUACCACUCGAUUUGUCACCUCGGAUGAUCUCGUCGAUCGCGAAACUGAAAUUCACCAAGCCUACCCUUAUUCAAGCCCAGGCCAUUCCCCAGAUCAUGGCUGGUCACGACGUUAUUGGAAAGGCAUCCACUGGUUCGGGAAAGACGUUGGCCUUCGGAAUUCCCCUCGUUGAAGCCUGGCUGAGCGCUGAGGAGACGAGAAAGCAGAACAAGGGGGAGAAGAAUGGCGCCACAGCACUCAUUUUGUCACCCACCAGAGAACUUGCGCAACAGAUCAGAGACCAUCUUCAAGCGCUCUGCAAGGGUCUUCCUACGGCGCCUUACAUUUGCUCGGUUCUUGGUGGUAUGGCUGUACAGAAGCAAAAGCGCCAGCUUGCGGUCGCCGAUAUCGUCAUUGCUACUCCGGGCAGAAUGUGGGAGGUUAUGAGCUCGGACAACUCUGUGCUCGCUGCUCUAAGAAACAUCUCCUUCCUCGUAUUGGAUGAAGCCGACAGACUCCUGAAGGACGGUUCCUUCAAAGAGGCUGAGGAAAUUUUCAAGGCCCUUGACAGGCAAGCGGUGGAGGAGAACAACGAGGACCAGAAGAUGGGCAAUACUGAUGAGGAGGGACAGGAACAGGAGGAAGAGCAAAGCGAGGAGGAGGAGGAGGAGGAGGAGGAGGAAGAAGAGCCUGUCAACAAGAGACAGACUCUCGUGUUUUCCGCCACAUUCAACAAGAACUUGCAGCAAAAGUUGGCCGGAAAAUCCAGGUUCAAGGCGACCAGCACCCAGGACAUGGAGUACCUCCUUCAGAAGCUCAACUUCCGUGAGACCCCCAAGUUUGUCGACGCCAACCCCGUUCACCAGAUGGCCGAGAACCUUAAGGAGGGUCUCAUCAUGUGCGGAGACAUGGAGAAGGAUCUCUACCUCUACGCCACUCUUAUGCUCCAGCCCACACGGCGCGCGCUCGUGUUCACCAACUCGGUCAACUCGGUCCGUCGCCUGACUCCCCUCCUCGAGAACCUCAACCUCCCAGCCUUCCCUCUCCACUCCGGCAUGAUCCAGCAAGCCCGUCUCCGCUCCAUCGACCGCUUCAAGGCCAACGAGGGCGCCAAGAAGAAGAACGGUUCUGCGGCUAUCUUGGUCGCCACCGACGUCGCUGCCCGUGGUCUCGAUAUCCCCGAAGUCGACCUCGUCAUCCACUACCACGUCCCCCGCGCCGCCGAGGACUACGUGCACCGCUCCGGUCGUACCGCGCGUGCUUCCAAUUCGGGCACGAGCAUCCUGCUCUGCGGCCCCAAGGAAGCCGUGCCGACACAGCGCCUCGUUGCCAAGGUGCACGCUCAAGCCGAGGUCAAGGCCGGCAACUCGGGCAACAACACCAAGAAGCUCGUGUCGAACGGUCUGCGCACCAUCGACAUUGACCGACGCAUCGUCGCCAAGCUACGCGAGCGUGUCGACUUGGCCAAGAAGAUUGCGGAUGCGGUGCAGGCCAAGACCAUGGGUGGAAAGGAGGACGACUGGAUGAAGAAGGCGGCGGAGGAUUUGGGUGUUGAGUAUGACUCGGAAGAGCUUGAGAAGGCGGGCAAGUGGUCCGGCAAGGGCAGCUUCAAGAAGCAGAAGCAGAAGGAGGCACAGCAGAUGAGCAAGGGAGAGCUGGCGUCGAUGAGGGCUGCGUUGAGGGAUCUCCUGAGCAAGAGGAUCAACACGGGCGUCAGCGAGAGGUACCUCACUGGAUUGGAUGUCAGUGACUUGCUCAAGGGUGAGCAGGGGCUAUUCUUGGGCAAGGUGGACGGCUUGGGUCUGGAUGAUUAG